GCACCCACGUGGAAGAGCACUGCAAAGAGCAGCAUGGCUCCAGCAAGUGUUCCCCAUGCAACAAAAACGAAUACAUUGAAUACCCAAACGACUUUGCCAAGUGCCUGGGCUGCCAGAUCUGCAGGGAAGAUCAGGUGGAGCUGAGUCCCUGCCAGAAGGCCAGGAACACGCAGUGCGCCUGCAGGAACGGCACCUUCUGCUCCCCGGACCACCCCUGUGAGAUGUGCCAGAAGUGCCGCCCCCGGUGUGCCAAGGGUGAGGUGGAGCUGGCUCCCUGCACGCCGUACAGAGACCGCCGGUGCGGGCUGCCCGCUGGCACCCCCUCCAGCUCCUCAGGUGACACGAUGCUGAUCGUGGGAGUGGUGGUGUCUCCUAUCAUCCUCAUCCUGGUCUCCUGUGUCCUCUGGAAGUACUGCUGCCAGCAGUCUGCAGGGGACAGGACAGGAGUGGGCAGCAAGCCCAGGACUGCAGUGGACUCCCUGGUGCGGCAGCUGACGAGGUGCUGCAGGGGGGGCCCAGGGACACAGGACAACAUCCUCAACGAGCAGUUAUCCCAGGAUCAGCUGCCCCUUAGGGCGUCGGGUGUGGAGACUUCCAGCUCUCCAGGGCCAGAGGCGAAGCCCAGGAAUAAUCUGGUUCCAGUGCCAGGAAAAGACCCCGUUAACCUUCUGCAACGCUCCUUUGACAUCUUCGCCGAGGUCGUGCCCUCCGCAGAGUGGAGGAGGUAUGGCCGAGCUCUGGAUCUGCUGGAGAACGACAUUGACAUUGCCAUGAAGAACGACAAGGGCUCAAGAGAGUCCUUCUUCCAAAUGCUCAAAAUGUGGCAUAACAAGAAGGGCAUGAACGCCUCUGUCAACACCCUGCUGGACACCCUGCAGGAGAUGAACCUCGCAGGGGUGGCCCAGGACGUCUCCACCAGGCUGGUCAAGCAGGAGCUUUUCCAAUAUGAAGAGAGAUGA